CUCUGAAAUUUACUAAGUGAAUGGAUUUUUAAAUCAAACGCAAAUCGAUUUCAAUACUUUGUAUACUUUUAGGUCUAUUUUCAACAGAAUGUUUUAAAAUAGUUUUUAUGUCAGAAGGUUUUCCUUUUAUUUCAGGAUAAAACUAAUAUUGUUUAAGUAGUGGAUACCUUUAAAUGGAAUGACAGUUGUAGUAAUCAUGCUAACCUUCCGAAUUCUUUAGUACACUGCAGUCUGUAUUAAAAAUCGAUGAAUUGGGUACCUUUUGAUUGUCGUUUAGGACAGUUUCCUGUGACAAAUAAUGUUCAUUGUGUCGGUAUACUGACAAAUAUAGAGAUUACAAUAUAUUCGGAUCCGCUGGAUAAGAUUUUUAUCAAGAUAUACACAUUAUAACUGCUGAAUUUAAUGACAUUUUCUCAACAUUUUCGAGAUGUAAUCUAAAUUGUUUGCUGCGUAUCCAGUUUUGAUAGUGAUUAUUCAUCAUUCUUUGUGAGUAGUGUAAGUAUAAUCGGUAAAGCAAGACUUAUUUAUCUGUGAUUAAUGUUUUAAGUAAGCAACUGUACACAAUAUAGGCAGGAAUAAAUUUUUAUUCUUAGCAUUUUAUCCAAUUAUGUUUCUUUUCUUAUGUCUAAACGCAAAUGAAGAUCCAUUUCAUUUAUAUUAUUCACAAACAAAUUAGCUUACUUACUUUCUUGUUUUCAUGCUACGUUGAUUAGAUUAUCUGGUUUUGAUAAUCUGUAAACUGAUUUUUACAGUGCUUUGGUAGAUUACUCAGUAUAUACGUAUAUAGAUAGAUGAAUAAAGAUUUAUUACUAUAACAUGUGUAACGCUUAUCAUAGUAUCAGUACUCGUUGGUUAGUGAGUUUAGCCUUGAAACGGUUACAAUAUACUUUCUGUUUUGUUAUAGGUCAGUACUUUUGGCUGACGCUUAUAUAUAUAUAUAUAUACUAAUAGUUUCUUAAAAAAUCAAUCUCUUCUCUCUGUCUCAUUUCUUCUGUUUCUGAAAUGCGUGAAAAUCAAGCUGCAUGAAAGAUAAUAACAAUUAAAAUAACCCAGAUUAUUCUAAACAUAUGAGAAUACCUCAAAUAGGUCUUAUUCAUUUUAAGCAGUGAUAAUACUAUUUGUAUGAGUGAAUACAAAACCAAUAUUUAUUCAGUAAACCAAGGCCUGCCAUUUUCUUUUUUCUUCAACUAGCGUUGCUUUAUUUCUAACCAAUAUAAAUAAAUCUGCCUGAAUUAGGGUCAUUCAAAUGACAAUCACUGUAAUUGCAGUUACGAUUAUAAUAUUUAGUAGUGUUUAUAAUAUGUGAAUUACAGUAAAUCCAAAGGAAUGUAGAUUAUAUAUAUAUAUAAACGCACAUUAACAGUAAGCAAUUACUUAGAGACGUAUGUAAGUGAUGCAUUGUAUUCAAGUGCUUAGGAACAGUUGAUGAAAAGAAUGUUCUACAAUUAUGAUUAGGCAGCGGGGCAUAACUUCAGCCGUGUUGAGAUUUAUUCCAUUUGUUAGGUAAAUUCGACCAACGCUUAUGUUAACAAUAUCAACACUCUAAAUUAUUUUUAGUGUACUAACGACUACAUUUGUAUAAUUAUUUCAAACUUCGAUGACGAAAUCCACCUAAACUACUAAUAAAUUUCUGAGGGUGACAUUUCAAACAUGAACAUACUAUAAUGCGAUGAGCACUCUUUGUCUAGACGUGUGAUCGCAUAAAUCUUUCAUAUUGUUUACUUCACUGACCAUUUGUAAAUAAUAUCUAGUAGAUUUCAGUCAAGAAAGAAGAGAACAAGCCUUACGUUUUUGGCCUGCAAUCAAUCUGUGUUGACUACAUAUUCAAAAUACAAAGUUAAUUGAAUUAUUUUCAGUAACGUAUUUUCAAUUUUACAGUUAGCACUAUCUGGUAUCAACUUUACGGGUAUCCGUCUGAGACAACCUCACAAAGUUUCAAAUGUACACCUGUACAUUUCUUUUUGUUGUUUCUGUUAAUAUUACCUCCAGGAAAAGAGCAUUACGACAAUUCUAUAAAGGUUUAAGUCCUAUUUUAGAAAAAUAUUAUUUCAUGCCCUGAUACAUUUUGUUCAUAUCAGUGGCUUAUCUUAAAUUUUUCUUUCAUACCUGACAUCUGUUCAUUUUUUGUUGAUUAGCUUUUCAUUGUCAAUCGUUAGUUUGAAUACUAUGUAUACAGUGUAAGAGAAUUAUGACAAACGAAACUACAUUAGUUCACGCUUAAUAGUAAACUGACUAAAAUUAAACUGUUUACAGCCUAUAUAUAUCGUUUAUUCGAACAGUAAAACCAUUGCGGUUAAAAACAAAGUAGGUCACGAUCAUAAAAAAAUUUGGAGUGAAACAUUUUAAUCGUUUCCAUAAUUUCAUUAAAAUUUAUUGACUAAUUCAUAAUUUUAUUCGUUCACAAUUUCAGAUAUUGGAGAAACCAGAAGUCUGUGCUAGUGAAGUAACUGAAGGUGUCAUAGAUAGUAAGAAAGGUUUCUCUAUAUAGUGAUACUAAUGAAAUCUACAAUAACAUUUCAUCGUUUAUUUAUUGUUGACGCAAUGUAACAGCCAGUUGCUAGUGUAAACGUCUCUAUUGUAACUCAGUAAUUGAAAAAAUUAUUUGAUUUAAAUAAUUAACUUACGGCAUACUAUUUUACAUGAAGUACUAUUGGUAGAAAUACAAAUACGUUUCCUGAGGGAUGUACCAAAUUCAGUUGUGUUGCUAUUACUGCUUCAAUUUAAGAGUUUUAAAGUGUUCACUGUAAACCUGUUACAAAGUUAAUAUUUGAAUACCUAACAUGAAGUAAACAUGUUAUCGCAAUGAGUCAUAAGCCUUGGAAAAACAAUUCAAGCCCAGUGAACUCAAAACAUAAUUUCCAUCCCAAAAUGCUUUGAAAGAUAAAUUAAUAUAGAUUUUGUUGAUAUUCCAUAAAAACCAGGUAUCAUAAACAAGAAUAUCGUUGAUUGAGGUAUUACUUAUGAUUUUUCAACAUGCUGUCCUAAAGCCUUCUUCAGAUUCACCAUUUAGUAGGUAGUUUCAAAUAAUCUUUCAGUAGCUUGGUACUCAUUAUAUUUUUGAUAUUUAUUACAACGUCGUAUUUAGACCUUACAUUAACACUUAACUACAUUUAUUUAUUCUAUUUUAGUUACUAACAUUUAUUUCUGCUCAGACAUAUUUUUUUCCUUGAGGUCUAUUUUCCUUUAUGUGGUACAUGGGAAGUUAUACAGAACUAAUAGGUUUUUAUAGAGAUAUUUCAUUACUGUUUUCAGUACUUAAUGUUUUGCUGAGAAGGCUGGUGCCCAGCGAGCAAUUAUGUAAUUCAAGGACAUCAUUAUCUGGAAACACACUAAUGUCAAAAACGAAUCUUUCUGCCUAUAAAUUUUCAGAGGAGUACGUUCAGAAUCAGUUGUUUCCAAGACUGAGUACGAUGAUUACCAACUUGUUUCAGAGUAAUCACUUCAAUGUACGCAAAGCUGCAGUCAGAGUUUAUCUAACCUGCCUCAGUCGAUGUCCGAAUGAAAAAGUUGGUGAAACCAAUCUGCCUUCGAAUACUGGGGACUUACAGAACUGUUUAGUUAAUUUUUAUUUGGGUCAUUCAUCUCAAUAUGUUCGCGAUAGUGCAUGCAGUCUGUACCUGACAUUGUUCAUCAGUGCAUCCAAAAAUCCCAAUCGUAUUCGUUACCUAUUGAAUAAAAUAUUGGAGAAGUGGCAAGUUAAGCAAGAUGUGUUAUCACCUCUUUCAAAACUACUAAUUCAAAUAAACGAAACGGAAACUAUCACACCGCGUGAAAUACCUUUGACCGUGAGCUCCAGAUUAAGUUGGACAUGGCGUGAGGGGCGCAUGCGCAUGUACUAUUUAGUCGCACGCUCAUUAGUUGGGCUUCAUCUUAAAGCUCUUCACGAAUUAGAUGCUGAUGGUUAUAACCCAAUGAAUUCUGAAGACUUUUGUAUCAGCCCAACCUUUACAGAUGACUGUCCUCAAAGAACCUUAUAUACAUCAUCAAAUAAUAAUUUACACCAAUUUGGCUUCAGUCCUGUACCAAAAUCAAUUCCUCCUGCUCUUGUUUCAAAUCCAGAUCGUCGAGCUCCGGUUAAUAAAUCAUCAGCAUCGUCACAACCUGUAGAAAGUUCACCAACGCUCUUUCAACAGGGGGCAAAAUUAAGCUCUCCACAAACGUCCAUUUAUUUAACAGUUUUGGAAAAUAUCCGAAUGCUCGACAACGAAAGAAAUGAUAAACAGACGGAUAGCAAAACUCAGUCGUGGAUUAAACGUCUAAGUAUAGUGUCAGGAUUAACUUCAACGAGUAAAACAAAUGUCGGUCAUUCAGAGUUAAAUUCUAUCAGCAUGAAAUCUAUGUCAUUCAAUAUAUUACGAUUAGCUGUAGAGUGUACAUUAGAUGAGAACAAUGGUCUACGUCAUUCAGCCCAAAAAGCCAUUAAUGAUGUCGGAAGGCUAAUACGAUGGUAUGAUGCUGAUCUUUUGUUGGAAAUGAUUUCGUUGCAUAUGGUGGGUCCGCCAACUAUGAUGUCGUAUGCAACUUUAAAGAUUUUACGUGAUGGUCUAUCUGAAUUAUGCAUGUAUGAUGAAAUUUUACAAAAAGAAGAGGAAGAACCUGGUUUCACUGAAAAAUAUGCGAUUUCUGGAACUGUUCCGAUUUUAAAUGUAGCAUUGCUUUAUGGUUUGUUUUCGCCGGAUAGAUCAAGACUGUGGCUUCAAUGUUGCCAGCAAUAUAUUCUGGAUAGCACAAUGGCUCUUUUUAUCAGUACUUUAUCAAUAGAAUGUGCUUUGAGAACCCUUUGUCUUGUACACAGAUUGUCUAAUCUAUCACUCGUAGCAUGCACCUGGGAAAAUAUGAGGCCUAAUCCUUUUUCAAAUCUGCCAUACGCACAACGUAAACUAGAUCUAGAUGCGAAAGAUGUAGUAGAAUGUAUUAAAGGCGUUGUCGAAUUCGCUCAACGCAUAGACGUGAAACUUGGACCUACAAAUGAACCAAUACUGAGUGUUGUCAAUUUCCACAAAAUGAUGAUAACGCAGAAGCCAUAUUUAUCAUGUUUACAGCUCCCUCAAUCAACUGCAAAGUGUUCACUUACAUAUUUCGUCCUCAAGCUGGUUACUAAACUGGAGUCUGUUAUAUAUUCUUAUAUACCACCAUCCGUAAAUUCGAGUCGGCCUAAUCCAGACGUUCGUAUGACUGGUGGUCUUCUUUUAUCCCCAAUAUUGCCAUACCUUAUCACGUGGCCAUUAGCUCUUCUUCCUCCUAGCUUGGAUAAAACUUUAGGGAAUCCAUCAAAGGAGGCGAGGAUACUUGCUCUUCGUAAACUACUUCGCCUAAUUGCAGCUAUAAUACUUGCAUUGCCGAUCACAAAUAAGCCUGAAUUUUCAAAAAGUGAAUCAAGUGCAAUAAAAGGUAAUGCAUUGCUAAAAGAGCUUGCAUCAAUUGCUGAACAUUCUGUUGAAUUAGAAACUGUUGUCAGUGCUUGUUUUACUCAGUUGGAAAAUCUUGUUUCUCAAUUAAAUCAAUAUUACGAACCUACCCGAAUAUGUACUACUACCUCAUGGUGGUGGAUCCGUGCACUAUGUGAACAUCUACCUCGACUUAUGCAAGUCGCUCCAUUUUCCAAUCCUGUAAACAUAUUACGUCUUCUAAUCGAAGAUGUUAAAAGGAAAUCUAUAUUAUCAACAAAUACCAAACAAAAUACUGGUCACCAGACGGCGGAACCAACAAAAUGGUCGAGAGCACUUGAAUACGGUCUUCAGGAAGCCAAAUCUAAAAUAAGAGUAAAAGAAGGCAGUGGAGCGUUAAAGUACCAAUGGCCUAAGGUUGGUGAGAUUUUACAAGCUAAAGAAACUAUAGAAAAACAGUAUAUACUGGAAAGCAAAAGUGGAAAAAAAUCACCGACAAGAUCACUCUCAUCUCAUAUCAUAGAUACUGCUCCUUCCCCAAUAGAUGAAGAACAACAUCGUUUCUUUGUAACGAGCGAUAACGAAGAAGAAGACGUUUGCAUUCUACAUGAAGAAGUAGAUACUUCCUCUCUUUCUGAUAAUGAUGAUGAUGAAGAAGAGCAAGAACAAGAAAUUAAAGAUAAUUUAUUACAUAAACAAGAGAAGGUCCGCAGCCUAUUUUAUAUUCCUAUAAAAGCUGAACCGAUAGAAACACCACCAGCUAUAGAAGAUGUACAUGAGUUGAUUGAACGUGUGCUGCAGUACUGUCGACCAGAUAUUGUAACAACUGUACGUCAGAUCUUGUCAGAUUUUGAUUCAUUAAACACUUCAUCACUAGAAAAGUCAAUACGGAUUCAAGAAAGUGUUUUAGGACAUACUAAAGCUCCUGUUAUACAAUGAACAACGUUUUGUGUUUCACUACCGUACAUACUGAAUAAAGAUCUUGUCACUUGCAACUAUAACAAAGGCAAAAUCAAUUCAGUUUAAAAUGAAAUAAGUGUAUACGAACUGUUUAGUAUUCUUAAAUUUGAACCAUUUUGCAUAUAAUAUUUAGUUAUAGCUCCUCUAUUGUCUGAUUUUAACGAUUCUGUAUUUCCUUGGGAUAAUUAUAGCAGUGAUAGACUGUUACUUAAUGUGCUUUUACAGUCAAGUUUUCUGUUAUUGUUGUUUUGUUUUCCUUCUCUUCAGUUUUUCCUUAAAUAUUUACUUCCUUAGCUUACUUAGUAAUUUCUUUAUCGACUACUAGAAAUGAACUAAUAUAUGUACUUAAUAAUUUGUUUGUUAUUAGAAUCCUAUCUUUUAUGACGAUUGGUGAUUACGAUGCUAACAGUUUAUUAACAAUAGUGAUUACUUUUGUUGCAAAAAUUUGGUAUCAUCCGAAUGUCAAAGUUCUAUUU